GACCGUAAUUCACAUUCUCCCUUCCCGGAAAAUAUAAAUGUUUGCUUGCUUGACUCUCAAAAGUCUGAACCCAGCAUCCAUUUCCCACCAGCUUCUCUCAGACUCCCUUGUAGUUUCUUUCUUUACCCAUGGAAAAAAAAAGAACCAAUAAAAAAACUUUUCUUUUCCUUCUGGCAUUCAGUAGCACCACAGCUUUCGGAUCUGCUGAGCUUUGACCAAAGCAUACGCUUCUCAGAGAUUUCCUGCGAGGGACAAGCAGCCUGUUGACGGGAAGCAGCAUGAGUAGAGAAAGAUACGACCAACCAAACCCAGGAUCUUUCUUUUUCUCUUUCUCCCCUCCCUUCACCUGGCCCUUGGAAGAAUAACAAGAUAGGAAACAAAGCACUUAAUGGCGAGAUAAGGAAAUGCUCUGCUCUUCUUUUCCUUCUCCUGUUCUAAGAUUUCGUUCCCUGAGACCAGGUCUCAGAAAAGCUGAUAGCAUGGAGAGAAGUAGAAGAUAGAGUAUAACAUAAUAAAAAACCAGGGACUGUUCACGAGACUAUCAGUGAGUAGAAGAAAAGGAAGUAUCUACCUUUUCCAAGCAGAGUAAGCUCCUGAAAGAGAGAAAAAGCGGUGGAAGACAAGAGGCUCUCUAAGUUCUACUGCGGUUCUCUGCUACCAAACUCUCUGCAUUGGAGAAAAAUCGACUUUGGUGACCGCCUGACCUUUACUCAGUAGUACUUGAGCUCCUGUCCUUGUCUCUAAGUUUUGUCUGCUUCCGGCGGCCGGGAAAUGGGCCGAGCUACGAGGUGGCUGAGGAGUCUUCUUGGCGGGAAGAAAGAUGCCAAGGAUCAAAAGGACGAUGCCGGUACCGGUGGCGGAGAAAGGAAAGAGAAGAAAAGGUGGAGCUUUGGGAAGUUCAGAAGGAGCUCCAGCGGAGGGGAGACGCAGAAUCCAGUGCCGGCGGCAGAUUCAGAAUGGUUGAAAUCAUUCUAUGCUGAGAGGGAGGAGCAGAACAUGCAUGCUAUCGCGGUGGCGGUCGCCACCACCGCUGCAGCUAGUGCAGCAGUGACGGCAGCUCAGGCGGCGGUGGUGCGGCUCCAGAGCCAGGGGAGGGGCACGAUGUUUAAUGGCGGCAUCGAGCAGUGGGCGGCCGUCAAGAUUCAAACAGCUUUCAGAGGAUAUCUAGCAAAGAAAGCUCUUCGAGCUCUCAAAGCUUUAGUAAAGCUACAAGCUCUGGUCCGAGGCUUCCUUGUGAGGAAGCAAGCGGCUGCAACUCUUCACCGAUUGCAAGCUCUUAUAAGAGCUCAGGCCGCCGCUCGGCAGCAGAACUCUCGCAGCCUCCCUUCAAAAGAAGGAAGAUUUCCAGCAGAUAUCCGUCCCCGGCAAUCAUAUGAAAGGUUUAAUGAAGCAAGAAGUGAACAAUUAGCACCAGUUCAUAGCCGGAGGCUGUCGUGCCUUGACAGUCCGAGCUACAGCAUUGAUAGGAGUCCAAAGAUUGUUGAGAUGGAUACUUGCAGAAUAAAGUCGAGAUCUUCCCGUAGAACCACCCCUUCUGUUUCAGAGCCUACUGAAGACCAGCACACACUGUCCAUUUCCUCUCCAUUUCCAUGUCAAACUCCCACUAGACUCUCCAUACGCACUCGCCAAAUAUCCCAAGAUCGGGACUCAAGUCUCAGUAGAGAUGACAAAUGCCGGUACUCCAAGACUGCUUAUAACACCCCUCGCUAUGUGGGCUAUGCAAGCAAUACUCCGGUAACACCGGCGAAGAGCCUCAACACCGUCGAUGGGGUUUUCCGGCGAGUUCUUCAUUUGCCAAACCGGCCUAACUAUAUGACAAACACGAGGUCGUCUGUGGCGAAGGUGCGGUCGCAGAGUGCACCAAAGCAGAGGCCAGAGCUGGCAGGGCUGAGGAAGUGGGUGUCAUUGAAUCUGAAUGAGGCGGUAGAGUCCAGGGCUAGCUUGAGUGGUGUUGAGUCAAGAAAGUCUUGUUCACAAGCACAUGGAGCCUUUAAUUUUAAGAGUGCUGUGGUGGAGAGGCUUGAUAAGUCUGUUGAAUUGGGCAGGGACUACUACUUGCAGAGGAUGUGGUGAUCAUGGAGUUUAGAACCAGAAGCCCUACUUAGUACUGCAUGUGUAAAUCUGAUUAUCAUAGAGGUCUACUGCGAAUAGAAAUGUUGUGAGAAGAGAGGAAAAGAGAGUGUCCAAAUUGUCCAAGUCUGAUGAGUUUCUUGUUUCUUUUGCUGUUCAGUUGUCUAGUUGUAAUGAAAAUUUUCAGAUGUUAAUGUAGACAGAAGGAACAUAUCCAUUAUCCAUCCUUCAAAUGAAAAUAGAAGG